AUGGGAGACGACGAGUUGAGCCAAAGUAAGAAACAGCAAGAGGACUUGCUUGAUAAAAUUCUUGAGAGUGUAGAUGAUGAUCAUGAAAAGUUUUUAAAGAGAUUAAGGGAAAGAAUAGACAGGGCUGGAAUAGAAACACCAAAAAUAGAAGUGAGAUACGAGAAUUUAUCAGUGGAUGGAGAUGUUAAUGUUGGUCAUAGACCUCUUCCUUCCCUCUUUAAUUUCACUUUUAACUCCAUCCAGGACGCGUUGGCUGGAGUUGUUGCUUGGAAAAAGAAAAAUAUCAAUAUACUUCGCUCCAUCUCCGGUAUUCUCAAACCAUCAAGGUUGACUUUGCUUCUAGGUCCACCAGGUGCAGGCAAAACCACAUUGUUGCUAGCACUAGCAGGGAAACUUGAUCAUCACAAUCAUCUAAAAGUAUCUGGAGAUGUUACAUAUUGUGGGCAUCAAUUCUUUGAGUUUGUUCCUCAAAGAACUUGUGCUUAUAUAAGUCCACAUGAUCUUCAUGCUGGGGAGAUGACAGUUAGAGAGACAUUAGAUUUUUCUGCAAGGUGUUUAGGUAUUGGGUCACGAUAUCGUCUGCUUACCGAGCUUUUGAAGAGGGAGAAAGAAGCAGGAAUCGAACCAGAUCCGGAUAUUAAUGCUUUCAUGAAGGCCACAGCCGUGCCAGGCCAAAAAACUAAUUUAAUCACCAGUUAUAUCCUCAAGAUACUUGGCUUGGAAACAUGUGCUGAUGCUAUGGUUGGUGAUCAAAUGAUAAGAGGUAUCUCUGGUGGAGAAAAGAAACGUCUUACUACCGGGGAGAUGUUAGUCGGACCUGCAAGAGUUUUUUUCAUGGACGAAAUAUCAAAUGGGUUGGACAGUUCCACUACUUAUCGUAUCAUGAAAUCCUUAAGAGAAAUGGUACACAUAAUGGAUUUGACCAUGGUCAUCUCUCUUUUGCAACCUGACCCAGAAACAUUUAAACUAUUUGAUGAUGUCAUAUUGAUGUCAGAAGGUCAGAUUGUAUAUCAAGGUCCUUGUCAAAAUGUUCUUGAAUUUUUUGGAUCGAUGGGUUUCAAGUGCCCAGAAAGAAAGGGGGUUGCCGACUUUCUUCAAGAGGUAACUUCAAGGAAAGACCAAGAACAAUACUGGCUUAAAACCGAACAACCUUACACAUACAUCGGAAUCCCUGAAUUUUCACAGGCUUUCAAAUCUUUCCAUAUUGGAGAGAAACUUGAUAUGGAUAUUCGUACGCCUUAUGAUAAAUCCAAAACACACCCAGAUGCCUUGGUGAAAGCUAAGUAUGGAAUAUCUAAAUUUGAGCUUUUGAAAGCAUGCUUUCAUAAGGAAUGGUUGUUAACAAAACGCAACUCUAUGCUUUACAUAUUCAAAACAUUCCAGUUAACGUUCAUGUCGUUGGUAAGCAUGGCAGUCUUUUUUAGGACUGAGAUGCAUGUGGGAAAUUUAGAAGAUGGAGUAAAGUUUUUUGGGUCGCUUUUCUUCGCUCUCCUUAUCAUAAUGUUUAAUGGGAUGGCUGAGCUUGUGCUGACGGUUAUGAGACUCCCAGUGUUCUAUAAACAUCGAGAUUCGUUGGUAUAUCCUGCAUGGGCUUUUGCUCUUCCCAUUUGGGUACUGAAAAUACCCUUAUCUUUCAUGGAAUCAGGAAUAUGGGUGAUUUUGACAUAUUAUACUAUAGGAUACUCGCCAGAUGCCAGCAGAUUCUGGAAGCAGUUUUUGACCUUCUUUGCCAUAUAUCAAAUGGCUCUCGCCCUAUUUCGGUUGAUUGCUGCUGUUGCAAGAACAGACGUUCUUGCAAACACCUUGGGUGCCUUCACAUUGUUGUUGAUUUUACUCCUUGGAGGAUUCUUAGUGGCCAAAGAUGAUACGGAGCCAUGGUUGUCAUGGGGAUUUUAUGCUUCUCCUAUGAUGUAUGCACAAAAUGCCUUGGUUAUAAAUGAGUUUCUUGAUUCAAGAUGGAGUGCUCCCAACAGAGACCCACGAAUCAAUGCAUCAACCGUUGGGGAAGCUCUUCUCAAAUCAAGAAGUUUCUUCACUCAGGAUUACUGGUUCUACAUUUCUAUUGGAGUACUUAUUGGCUUCUCAUUUCUCUUCAAUAUAUUAUUUAUUGUUGCCUUAACUUUCCUAAAUCCAUUAGGUGACACUAAAACUGCUAUUGGAGAUGAAAGUGAUGUCAAGUAUUCAAACAGUGAACUUAAUCAAAGUGACAUUGAAGGUGCCGAUAUGACUGUAAAAAGCACUACAAGGAAAAUUGGCUCAAUCGUUGGUGAUGAUAACCCUAUGAAAAGAAGAGGAAUGGUUUUGCCUUUUCAACCCCUUUCACUUGCUUUCAACCAUGUCAGCUACAGCAUUGACAUGCCUGCUGAAAUGAAGGCAAGAGGUGUUGACGGUGGUCGUCUUCAAUUGCUUAAGAAUGUUAGUGGUGCUUUUAGACCUGGGAUACUGACUGCACUUGUAGGCGUGAGUGGUGCUGGAAAGACAACCUUGAUGGAUGUGUUAGCAGGACGAAAAACUGGUGGUUACAUCGAAGGAGACAUCUUCAUUUCAGGCUACCCUAAGAACCAAGCAACAUUUGCGCGUGUCAGUGGUUAUUGUGAACAGAAUGAUAUUCAUUCACCAAAUGUCACUGUUUAUGAAUCUCUUCUGUAUUCUGCAUGGCUUCGUCUAUCAUCAGAUGUGAAUACAAGGACACAAAAGAUGUAUGUAGAUGAGUUAAUGGAACUGAUGGAGCUUAAAUCUAUAAGAGAUGCUAUAGUGGGCCUUCCUGGAGUAGAUGGCCUCUCAAUUGAACAACGAAAAAGGCUGACAAUAGCUGUAGAAUUGGUAGCAAAUCCAUCCAUCAUCUUUUUGGAUGAGCCGACAUCCGGUCUUGAUGCUAGAGCAGCUGCCAUUGUCAUGCGUACUGUAAGAAACACAGUAGACACAGGAAGAACAGUUGUAUGCACAAUUCACCAACCAAGCAUAGACAUAUUUGAAUCUUUUGAUGAGUUGAUUUUGAUGAAGAUGGGAGGACAAGUUAUCUAUGCUGGAUUAUUAGGUCAAUAUUCAAACAAGCUAGUGGAGUAUUUUGAAGCUAUUACAGGAGUACCAAAGAUUGGGGAUGGUUAUAAUCCCGCCACAUGGGUGUUAGAGGUGACCUCUUCAGCUGCAGAGAAUCAACUUAACAUUGAUUAUGCUGAAAUAUAUCUAAAUUCCUCUCUUUAUCAGGAGAAUCAAGAAGUUGUUAAAGAACUUAGUACUCCUUCAAGUGGUUCCAAAGACCUUUUCUUUCAUGAUGAGCACGCCCAACCAUUUCUUGUACAAUGUAAAGCUUGUUUUUGGAAACAACAUUGGUCUUAUUGGAGGAACCCACAAUAUAAUGUCACUCGAUUUAUCACCUCCAUCAUCAUUGCUGCUAUAUUUGGUGGCAUUUACUUCAACAAGGGUGAAAAGAUGGGAAAACAGCAAGAUCUGCUAAAUAUAUUUGGAGCCUUGUAUGCUGCUGUUGUCUUUCUUGGAGCAAUCAAUCAAAAUGCUGUGCAGCCUAUUGUUGCUGUUGAAAGAACAGUUUUCUACCGUGAAAGGGCUGCAGGGAUGUAUUCAUCUUUACCAUAUGCUCUUGCCCAGGUGUCCAUAGAAUCGAUCUAUAUUGCAAUUCAAACAAUUAUCUCUGUCUUCCUUUUAUACCCACUGAUCGGUUUCGAGUGGAAAACAAUAAAAGUUUUGUGGUUCUACUUUUAUAUGUUCACAAGUAACAUCUACUUUACCAUGUUUGGCAUGAUGGCCAUUUCGCUGACACCAAGUCCCCAAAUUUCUGCUGUUCUAGUCUACUUCUUUCUUUGCCUUUGGAACUUAUUCUCAGGUUUUAUCAUCCCUAGACCGCAAAUACCAAUUUGGAGUAGAUGGUGUUACUGGGCAACUCCUUUGAGUUGGACGAUGUAUGGUCUUUUGACAAGCCAAGUUGGUCAGCAAGACCUUCCUUUUGAGGUGCCAGGAUCUCUCAAUAUGACUGUGAAAUGGUUCAUCAAGGAAAAGUUUGGGUUCCAGCAUGACUUUCUUUUCGUGGUGGCCAUUGCACAUAUCGGUUGGAUUCUUCUUUUUUUCAUCAUCUUUGUGUGUGGCAUAAAGUACCUUAAUUUUCAGCAUCGUUAGUUUUCGAUACUCAUGUCUACGUUUACCUUUUCUUCUACAAUGUCUUGGAACAAGAACGAAAUCUUGUGUAAUAGUUUGCUAAAGGAGCAAACCAAAAUGUAUAAUUUGGUAUCUAUUAUUUGAUGAUGUAGGCAAAGGCGGCACUAGUCUAGUUUUAUGUUUUUUUUAGAGGAAUGAGAUUCCCUCA